CCAGAGCUCAGAGGAAGAACAUCUUCCGAGUUUCAAUAUCUUUUGCUUCGAAGAAAGAAGAACGAGAACUUUAGAAAUCAUCAAAUUUCUAAUCGUACAGAAUGAGGCGUACGAGGCACGUGGUCUUACCCGUGCGGUCCUGGCAAUACAUCGGUUUAUUGCUAGUAUCACUGGCAUGCGUAACUUUCGGUUUGAUAGCUAGGGACAGAGAAGGACAAGCAGGAAGCCUGACCGGUCCUGAACUCCUUCAUCGUGCCCCUCAUAAUGUGGACGUUUGCCCAAAUUUGAAUCCUUUGACAACAUCUUCGAUCUGUCUUGGUCUUCCGGAAAAACAGUAUCUCACCUUGAAAAAUAAUGAAGGAAAGGAAAUCGGUUCCGAUAUCAUUCGAGUUGAACGUAAAAAAUCGACCGAAUCGUGUAUUAACAGAAAUGCACUUUUGGAAAGAAGACACAGAACGUUGAGCGAGCAACGAGUUUCAGAACGUUUUUCUUAUCCAACAAACAGACCGUCACGUUCUUUGGAACGAGUCGAUUCAAGGAUCGAAAACGUUCGAUUAUCUUAUCGCCAUUCGCCAAAUCUGGAAAUGACUCGAGAUAUAACGGAUCAUAUAAGACAAUUAUCAAGAAAGUUCUCUAAUGAUAAAUUUAGAUCCAUGGAGCGUCGCGAACAAAAUGGAAUCAAACGAACAGACGGGCAAAGAACUCUUGAUAAUCAUGAAUUAAAAGAACGAAGAGAACGAUUUGAAGUAGACACACGUAGAAAGUUCGAUUCUCGAGGUAUAGAAAAAAGAGAAAUUAGGAACAUUGACAAAACAAUUGGAGAUAAUCGAAAAAAUGUUCGAGAAAAAACUCAAGAUAAUAGAUCGAAUUCAGUAGAAAGACAAGUUUUCAGAAGCGAAAAUAUGGAAAGGCGUUUCAUGAAAGAACAACGCAGUAACGAUCGUAGAAAUUCUCGAAUCGACACUUCGGACCGUCAAUCGAAUAUAGAUGCAAAACGUAGAAAUUCUCGAGUCGAUACUUUAAAUCGCGAACGUCGAUUGGAUGUAAGCGCAGAACGUAGAAAUUCUCGACUUGAUACUGUUAAUAGCCAACGUGGAUCAAGCUUAAGCGCAGAACGUAGAAAUUCUCGACUUGAUACUGUUAAUAGCCAACGCGGAUCAAGCUUAAGUGUAGAACGUAGAAAUUCUCGACUUAAUACUUUUAAACGCGAACGUCAAUCAAAUAUAGAUGCAGAACGUAGAAAUUCUCGAGCCGAUACUUUAAAUCGCGAACGUCGAUUGGAUGUAAGCGCAGAACGUAGAAAUUCUCGACUUGAUACUGUUAAUAGCCAACGCGGAUCAAGCCUAAGCGUAGAACGUAGAAAUUCUCGACUUAAUACUUUUAAACGCGAACGUCAAUCAAAUAUAGAUGCAGAACGUAGAAAUUCUCGAGCUGAUACUUUAAAUCGCGAACGUCAAUUGGAUGUAAGGGCAGAACGUAGAAAUUCUCGACUUGAUACUGUUAAUAGCCAACGCGGAUCAAGCUUAAGCGCAGAACGUAGAAAUUCUCGACUUGAUACUGUUAAUAGCCAACGUGGAUCAAGCUUAAGCGUAGAACGUAGAAAUUCUCGACUUGAUACUUUUAAUCGCGAACGUCAAUCAAAUAUAGAUGCAGAACGUAGAAAUUCUCGAACCGAUACUUUAAAUCGCGAACGUCGAUUGGAUGUAAGAGCAGAACGUAGAAAUUCUCGACUUGAUACUGAUAAUAACCAACGCGGAUCAAAUCUAAGCGUAGAACGUAGAAAUUCCCAAUUUAAUACUUUUAAUCGUGAACGUCGAUUGAGCGAAGAUGUAGAACGUAAAAAUUCCCAACACGAUACUUUUAACCGCGAACGUCAAUCAAAUGCAGGCGUAAAAUAUAGAAAUAAACGACGUGAUACUUCUAAUCGUGAACGUCGAUCGUCAAGUAUGACUGACCUAACACGAACUCGAAAUCGAUACGAUCGUGAAUCAAUUAUUUCGAACUUUUUAAGAAUAAGAAAAUCUACCUCUCACGAUAAUACACCAGCCGAUCGACAUGAUAUCAGACGAAAAAAUUCCCUCUCCGAAAUUAGAAACAUAAGAUUUAAUUCGUUGGAACGGCAGCAAUCUGGUAACAGACUCGAGAAUCAACGAUCUGAACGAAGAAUGAUCGAUCUCGAAAAUCGGGAACUCCUCGAUCGUCGCUCUCGUUCAGUCGAUCGACAAAAUACGAACACAUUAGAUCGUAAUAACAGAUACCUCGGUUUAGAACGUAGAAUCUUAAUUGAUCGUGCAUCCGAAUAUAUAGAUCGCCGUGAUAAUAGACGCGAACUUGUUAACCGUUUUCCACGAUCUUCAUUCUCUGUUAGGAAUUCUCGAGGAAAAAUUGUUCAAACUAAACCCAACGGAUCGUCCGAAUCUAUAGAUAACUACGAACAACGCAAUAUUUUAUUGAACCACCGAAUUAUGGAAAUACAGAAACCAAAUCGUCGUGAAAUUAACACUCUGAGGCGUACGGUUCGAUCUUCAAAUAUUGAAUAUCUUCGAAAUUCUCCUCGUAUCGCACGUUACUCUUCCGAUCGAUCCUUCUUAGAUCAUACCAAUAGAAUCGAACGUUUUUCGAAUGAACGAUCGAACGAAAAAUUGACCGAACGUAGAUCAACGCGAGGAGAAAUCGUCGCUGAGAUUUCAUUUGCGGAACGAAGACAAACGCAAUACGGACAACGUCGCAUUGCAAGAACAUUAACACCCGAAAUUUCAAAUCGUAGAUCAUUUAUUGCACGAAAAUACCAUAUUUCCAGGCAAAGAGAGAGUUUCCAGGCACUAAGUCGCUCGUUCGACAAUAUAAAUCGAUUGAAUUCCAACGAAAGACGCGAAUCCGUUGAAAGUAAGCGCUUUAGAACAGAUAACAAUCGCAGAUCAUCUGUUUUAUCGAUCGAUCGAAAAGACACUCAACGACAACGAGAAAAUCUUGCACAGACUUCCAUUUUGCUUCGUACGAAUCUUCAAGAACGAAGACGUUUAAAUAUGAUGGUUCAAGAACGAUAUAAUAGAAAAAUCCAAAGAACGAUUAGUGAGAGGCGUAAAUCCACUGAAUCUAGCUUGGCCGGUAAAGUAGAACGUUCUACGGAAUUACAAUCUCAUGAUCAUCAAAGAAACGUUCGAUUGAAUUUGAUAGUAACGCGACAUAAUGAUUCACUUUACCGAGAAGUAAAUGAUGAUUUCGAUAAAGGUUUCAAAUUGAUUGAACGAUCUCGAAGCAACGCUAAUAGGAGAUCUUCGUAUCGAAGAUUAGUCGACCUCAGACAAUUUAAUUCUCUUCGUGACAAAAUCAGGACCUCUGAAAUGUCUACUCGGGAUCGAAAUACACUUUUCGUUCCUAUGAUCGAUCGUGAUCGAUUUGAUUUAAUAAGAGACGGAGAGAAGACAAGACGAUUACAUGAUACAAAUCACCGAACUCAGAAAAUCUCCUUAGAAUUUAGAAAUGACGAAUACGGAAAGCAAACCGGAAUGAUAGCGAACUUGCUAAAAACGAACGUUCUUUUAAACUACGAUUUGUCUUUCGAAAUUAUACGACAACCUUUUAUAAUCAUCAUUUGUAUCUUAUACGGAUCAUCGAUGUCCAAAAAUAAUAAACUUUUUACUGAUAAUCUGAUGCAGCGUAUUCCCAAAUUUGCAUUAUGGUGAAUAAUUCCACGUCGAUACUAUGCUACUUUUAACAUGCUACUUCUAUGAACCUGCUCGUUGCUGUAAUAUAUCUAUAUAUUAUUUAUAUGUUAUCUAUAUAUAAUAGAAUAUAUCUGCAAAUACUCGUUUGUGCAGUUAAUGUAGAACACAAAGAAAUAACAAAAUAAUAUAUAUAUAUAUGUAUGUAUAAAGUAUAUUUUCUGUGC